AUGGCUGAAUCCAAAUCUGUUCCUAGCAAUCCUACAAGGAAGAUGAGAUUUACUUCCUCCUCCGAGAAAGACCCAAGUUCUACGACAUUUGAUGAAGUGACGAAAUCGACUCGCGGUAUCAACACAAUGAGCCGUGUUGUGAAGAGAAAAUCCAGAAGAUUAAGCUUGUGGUUGAGUACAAUAAAAGUGGCAGACCAUAUGGCAAAACUGCUAUUGAGAUGCAGAGUUACAUUGGUGUUUUGGCACACACCAGAGUCCCUCUUGUGGACAAGAAAUGGACUCAAUUGCCCAAGGACUUGA